CGGCGGAGAUGGCGGCCGCGGCGGACCUUAGCGGCGGGCUGGAGGCGGUGGCGGUGGCGCUGUGGCCGCCCGCUGCGGCCCCGCCGACCUUCCAGUAUAGCCCAGACAACGUGGCUGGAGCAGAUGGAGACAUUGACCCCACCGAAAUCACCUUUCCCGGAUGUUCUUGCCAUACCAGUUCCUGUGUGGUUCAUAUUUGUUCGUGUCUUUGCCGUGGUGAAAAUUACAACAAUUUGUGCAUCAAGCCUACAGCUGAAGGAGAGUAUGCCAGGCCUAUUUUUGAAUGCAAUGCCAUGUGCCAGUGUGGUGAAUCCUGUCAGAACAGGGUAGUACAGAGAGGGUUGCAGUUCAGGCUUGAAGUAUUCAAGACUGCAAAGAAAGGGUGGGGUCUUCGCACUCUGGAAUUCAUAGCUAAAGGAAGAUUUGUUUGCGAAUAUGCUGGUGAAGUUCUAGGUUUUAAUGAGGCACGUAGAAGAAUUCAGGCCCAGACCUCCAAGGAUUCAAACUAUAUUAUAGCAGUGAGGGAGCACCUUCAUAAUGGUCAGAUAAUGGAGACUUUUGUUGACCCUACGCACAUUGGUAAUGUAGGCAGAUUCCUGAAUCAUUCCUGUGAACCAAAUUUAUUUAUGGUGCCAGUCCGAGUUGACUCAAUGAUGCCUAAACUUGCACUUUUUGCAGCCACUGAUAUUUCUGCUGGAGAAGAGCUUUCUUAUGAUUAUUCUGGAAGAUUCCAUAAUUUACCAGUAACUAACAGAAAGCAAAAAACUUCAGAGGAAGGUAACAUACUGAAAAAACCCUGCUACUGUGGUUCCCGCACAUGUACUUCCUUCUUGCCUUGGGACAGCUCCCUGUUUUCCACACCACCAGACUCUUUUUCAGACAGCUCUUCCUGAUUUUUCCAUCCCUGAGCGUACACUGAUGAGCACCAUUUUCCUUAGUAGUUAAACAGCAGUUAGUUAACUCUCUUCUUGCCAUAGACACAUUAAGGAGCUAUACUAAGAAUACGAUUUUGAGAAGAGAGAAUUAUUCAAUUCAACUUAAAAACAAAGCCCAGAUGAUUAGUGAGGAUAUUAAAUUUUGAAAAUACAUACAUUCUAGUUUCAUAAA